UUUACAAGAACAACUACUCAAUUUAUAUCUUUUUAACUGCUUCACAUACUUUUUCAGGACUGUGCAUGGUUCUUAUAUGUUGUGUCGGGCAAAGAAAAUCGAAGAAUAAGUCCUGUAAACUCACUUGAAUGGUUGGUUGAUACACCUAUUGGAAAAUCAAUGGAAGCCUUUAUAGCUCUUUUUGUGUACUCUUUCUUACUCGCCUUCUUAAGAACCUCCACUACACUAGACACCAUCACCCCAAGUCAAUCUAUCAGAGAUGGUGAGACUUUGGUUUCAGCUGGUAGAAUCUUUGAAUUGGGAUUCUUCAGCCCGGGUAGUUCGAAAAGCCGAUAUGUGGGAGUAUGGUAUGUGGUAUCUAAUGACACAGUUGUAUGGGUAGCCAACAGAGAAACCCCACUUGAAAAUCACCAUGGAGUUUUAAAGGUUACCAACAAAGGAAUUCUUGUCCUUCUUGAUAGUACAAAUACUACUAUUUGGUCAUCCAAUACAUCAAGAACUGCAGGGAAUAAGAUCAAUAAUCCAACUGCACAGUUAUUGGAUUCAGGAAAUCUUGUAGUGAAAGAUGGAAAUAUUGAGAGUCUUUUGUGGCAGAGUUUUGAUUAUCCUAGCGACACAUUCCUACCAGCAAUGAAGAUUGGAUGGGACUUAGUUAGUGGUCUUGAUAGGUAUUUAACAUCUUGGAAGAGCGCAGAAGAUCCUGCUCCAAGUGAAAUUUCAGUAAGGUUAGAUCGUCGAGGGCUCCCACAAUCAGUUCUUAUGGAGGGAGACAAAAUAAAGGUAAGAUUAGGGUCUUGGAAUGGCCUUACUUUUACGGGGGUCCCAUGGUUAAUACCACAGUCAAGUCGGAAUCCAUUGUUAACCCAUGAAUUCGUGAUGAAUGAGAGAGAGAUUUAUUACGAGGUGAAAAUCCGAAACAAUUCUAUUUUCUUCAGGUCUACGUUAUACCCAUCAGGCACUGCGUUGGGCUUUAGAUGGAUGGAUAACACCAAAAGUUGGGAGCUUCAACCUUCAACCCAUUUAGGUGUGUGUGAAAUUUAUGGUCGCUGUGGUGCAUACGCUAGCUGUAUUAUGAAGUCUCCUUAUCCUGAAUGUGCAUGCUUGAAAGGAUUUAUACCACAAUCUCCAAAAGAUUGGAAUUCAGCAAAUUGGUCUCGUGGGUGUGUUCGUGGGACUCCACUGGGUUGCAAUGAUAGAGAUGAGUUCCUCACCUACAAGAGUGUGAAAUUGCCAGACACAUCUUCUUCCUGGUUUGAUAGGAACAUGAGUCUCAAGAAAUGUGAAGAAAUGUGUUUGGAAAACUGCUCAUGCAAAGCAUAUGCCAAUUUAGAUAUUAGAAAUGGAGGAAGUGGUUGCUUGCUUUGGUUUGCUGACUUGGUUGAUAUAGUAGUGCUCCAAAUGGGUGGGCAAGACCUCUAUAUUCGUGUGGCCGCUUCAGUACUGGAUCACACUGAGAAGAGCAGGCACUUUGGCCAAAAAAAUCAAGUAAUAAUCAUAAUCUGUAGUGCAAUGCUACUCAUGGUAAUGCUUGUACUGGGGCUGGUCUCAUAUGUAAGGAGGAAGAAACUUAGAAAGGAAGGAAUGAAUACAAGAUGCCAAAAUGAUUCUAACAAUGAAGGAUGGAACGAAGAUAUGGAGUUACCGAUCUUUGAUCUGAUAACCAUAUCUAAUGCCACUGAUAACUUUGCAAUAAACAAGAAGUUAGGAGCAGGUGGCUUCGGAUCUGUAUAUAAGGGUACGAUGCAUGGGGGGCAAGAAAUAGCAGUAAAGAGACUUUCAAAGAAUUCUGGACAAGGAUUCAAUGAGUUCAAAAACGAAGUUACAUUAAUUGCCAAACUUCAGCACCGCAACCUUGUGAAGCUACUCGGUUGUUGCAUUCAAGAAAAUGAAAAAAUGUUAAUCUAUGAAUACAUGCACAACAAAAGCUUGGACACAUUUAUUUUUGACCAAACGAAGGGUAGACUACUUGAUUGGCGUAUGCGCCACAACAUUAUCGGUGGCAUUGCUAGAGGGCUUCUUUACCUUCAUGAAGACUCUAGAUUAAGAAUUAUCCAUAGAGAUCUCAAAGCUAGCAAUAUCCUUCUAGAUAAUAAUAUGAACCCAAAAAUUUCUGAUUUUGGCCUUGCUAAAUUAUUCGGGGGAGAUCAAACAGAGGCUGAUACCAAUAGAAUUAUUGGAACAUAUGGUUAUAUGCCUCCUGAGUAUGCUGGGUAUGGACAUUUCUCCGUGAAAACCGAUGUUUUUAGCUUUGGAGUUUUAGUACUAGAGAUUGUGAGUGGGAAGAAGAGCAAGGAAUUGUGUAACUCUGACCAACACCUUAAUCUUCUAGGACAUGCAUGGACACAAUGGAAUGAAGAUAAGCCAAUGGAUCUGAUAGAUGAUUUCUUAAUCUUAGGCAACUCCUGCAUUUUAUUCGAAGUGUUACGAUGCAUUCAUGUGGGUUUGUUAUGUGUACAACAAAAACCAGAAGAUAGACCAAACAUGUCCUCCGUGGUUCUAAUGUUAAGCAGUGAUAAUUCAUUGCCCAAUCCAAGUCAGCCAGGUUUUUUUACAGAAAAGGCUCUACUUGGAGAAGAUUAUUCCUCAAGAAAUGAGAUCACCUGUACAAUGUUAGAAGCAAGGGACUGUGCAUGGGUCUUAUAUGUUGUGUCGGGCAACGAAAAUCGAAGAAUAAGUCCUGUAAACUCACUUGAAUGGUUGGUUGAUACACCAAUUGGAAAAUCAAUGGAAGCCUUUAUAGCUCUGUUUGUGUACUCUUUCUUACUCUCCUUCUUAAGAACCUCCACUACACUAGACACCAUCACUCCAAGUCAAUCUAUCAGAGAUGGUGAGACUUUGGUUUCAGCUGGUAGAAUCUUUGAAUUGGGAUUCUUCAGCCCGGGUAGUUCGAAAAGCCGAUAUGUGGGAAUAUGGUAUGUGGUAUCUAAGGACACAGCUGUAUGGGUAGCCAACAGAGAAACCCCAAUUGAAAAUCACUAUGGAGUUUUAAAGGUUACCAACAAAGGAAGUCUUGUCCUUCUUGAUAAGACAAAUACUACUAUUUGGUCAUCCAAUACACCAAGAACUGGAGGGAAUAAGAUCAAUUAUCCAACUGCACAGCUCUUGGAUUCAGGAAAUUUUGCGGUGACAGAUGGAAAUAUUAGUGACCCAAAGACGCUUUUGUGGCAGAGUUUUGAUUAUCCUAGCGACACAUUCCUACCGGAAAUGAAGCUUGGAUGGGACUUAGUAAGUGGUCUAGAUAGGUAUUUAACAUCUUGGAAGAGCGCAGAAGAUCCGGCUCAAGGUGAAAUUUCAGAAGGGUUUGAUCGUCGAGGGCUCCCACAAUUAGUUGCUAUGAAGGGAGACAAAAUAAAGGUUAGAUCAGGGUCAUGGAAUGGCCUUUAUUUUACGGGGAGGCCAUGGUUAACACCGAAUCAGUUGUUCAAGUAUGAAUUCGUGAUGAAUGAGAAAGAGAUUUAUUUUGAGUAUGAACUCCUAAACAAUUCUAUUUUAAUGAGGUAUAUGUUAAACCCAUUAGGUAUUGGGCAAAAGUUUAAAUGGAUGGGUAACACCAAAAGUUGGGAGCUUGUAUCUGCAUCCCAGUCAAAUGAGUGUGAAAAUUAUGGCCACUGUGGGGCAUACGCUAGUUGCAAUAUCAAUAAGUCUCCUGUAUGCGCAUGUUUGAAUGGAUUUAUACCAAAAUUUCCAAAAGAUUGGAAUUCAGCAGAUUGGUCUGGUGGGUGUGUUCGAGGGACUCCAUUAGGUUGCAAUGAUGGAGAUGGAUUCCUCAACUUAAAGGAUGUGAAAUUGCCUGACACAUCUUCUUCCUGGUUUGAUUGGAACAUGAAUCUUAAGGAAUGUGAAGAAUUGUGUUUGAAAAACUGCUCAUGCAAAGCAUAUGCAAAUUUAGAUAUUAGGAAUGAAGGAAGUGGUUGCUUACUUUGGUUUGCUGAUUUGGUUGAUAUAGUAGUACUACAAAUAGGUGGGCAGGAGCUCUAUAUUCGUGAGGCCGCUUCACUACUAAAUCAUAUUGAGAAGAAGAGGCACCUUCAAGUAAUAAUCAUAGUAUGCAGUGCAAUACUACUCUUGGUAAUGCUUGUAGUGGGGUUGGUCUCAUGUGUGAGGAGGAUGAAACUUAGAAAUGAAGAAAUGAAUAUAAGAUGCCAAAACGAUUAUAACAAUGAAGGCAAGAAGGAAGAUAUGGAGUUACCGAUAUUUGAUUUGACAGUCAUUUCUAACGCCACUGAUAACUUUGCAAGUAGCAACAAGUUAGGAGAAGGUGGCUUUGGAUCUGUAUACAAGGGUACAUUGCUUGGGGGGCAAGAAAUAGCUGUAAAGAGACUUUCAAAGAAUUCUAGACAAGGAUUGAUCGAGUUCAAAAAUGAAGUUAUAUUAAUUGCCAAACUUCAACAUCGCAACCUUGUGAAGCUACUUGGUUGUUGCAUUCAAGAAAAUGAAAAAUUGUUAAUCUAUGAGUACAUGCACAACAAAAGUUUGGACUCGUUUAUUUUUGACCAAAUGAAGAGUAAAUUGCUUGAUUGGCGUAUGCGAAACAACAUUAUUAGUGGCAUUACUAGAGGGCUUCUUUACCUUCAUGAAGACUCUAGAUUGAGAAUUAUCCAUAGAGAUCUCAAAGCUAGCAAUAUCCUACUAGAUGAUAAUAUGAACCCAAAAAUUUCUGACUUUGGCCUUGCUAAAUUAUUUGGGACAGAUCAGAUAGAGGCUAAUACCAAUAGAAUUGUUGGAACAUAUGGUUAUAUGCCUCCUGAAUAUGCUGGAUAUGGACAUUUCUCAGUAAAAACCGAUGUUUUCAGCUUUGGAGUUUUAGUACUAGAGAUCAUAAGUGGGAAGAAGAACAAGGAAUUUUGUAACUCUGACCAAUUCCUUAAUCUUCUAGGACAUGCAUGGAGACUAUGGAUUGAAGAUAAGCCAAUGAAACUUAUAGAUGAAUUCUUACUCUUCGACAACUCAUGCACUUUAUCGGAACUAUUACGAUUCAUUCAUGUGGGUCUGUUAUGUGUACAACAACGACCAGAAGAUAGGCCAAACAUGUCAUCCGUGGUUCUAAUGUUGAGCAGUGAGAUUUCAUUGCCCAAGCCAAGCCAGCCAGGUUUUUACACUGAAAAGGCUCAAGUUGGAGAAGAUUAUUCAUCAAGAAUGCUUGAAGCGCCUUCAAUAAAUGAAAUCACCUUUACAUCAUUAGAAGCAAGGUAGGAUAACAUCACUUGAGACUUGAGAGCAAAAAGAAGUGAACGAAGAAGAAAGAGGCAAGGUGGUGUUGAUCAUAACAGAGUGUGCGGUUUAAUAGCUUUUGUUUAAAGGGAUGGAGCUUUUACACUACAAGUUAUGUGUGGCAAAAUUUGUGUUCAUUGUAAAGUACUGCUUAUUUUCUUUAGGCUAAUUUUUAUUACAAACUCUUAAUUUAACUGAAAUCAUGUUUUCAAAGUA